CCUGUCGCAACAUCUAUCCAAUAAGGCCGGAAAGUAUCUUCGAUCUGGCGUUUAAAUCCGAGCACACCGUAGUGCGACAUCAAUUCAUUCUCCACACGCUGAAGCGCUUCCAACACCAGCGAACAACCCCCCUGCGACGCGUCGACGUUCGCGAGCUCUUCUGAGCUGCCCUAGUUUUCGCAAAACCCUCGUCGCGCCCAGCAGCACUCAUGUUCACAGUCAACGGGAAACCUGCACCUCCGCAGGCCUUCAUCUCGUCCUAUGCCCCCCGCCUUCGGUCGUAUGGCAAUUCCCUGCUCGCGCCAGUUGUUCCUCCCUCCAACACCCUUCCAACACCCCGGACGACGAAGCGUGGGACUACUGCUAUAAACUACGCGGAAGAUGGUUACGAUGAUGAUGACUUCGAGGACGGAGAGGGACCGCGUCGCGCGACCGGUCUGCGCAGCCUGAGGAGAGACGACUCGAAUAUAGACAAGUCUGCACAGGUGGCGGCUCUCGGCAAGGAAUUAACUGCGCCCGUGGAAAUGCAAGGAAUAUGGAGAGAAUGGAUGGGACGACCGAAGCGUACAUUGACAGAGAAGCAGGUCCAGGUACAGGCUGCGCUCCCCGUUACCCUGAUUCCUAUCCGGAUAGAUCUGGACAUCCAGCCAUUUCGCCCAGAGGCGCCCCUUCCAUUCCCCGGAAACGCUCGCGAUUUUGGCAUUGAUGAAAAUCACCCAGCCUACAAGCAACCUGAAGUCACACCGUCGUACCGGCUCAAGGACGCGUUCCUUUGGAAUCUCCACGAAGCUUUAACGACGCCUGAUCAGUUCGCAAAGGUCUUUGUGGACGAGUUAGAUCUUCCUGUCGAUCGCAAACCCCAGAUCAUAUAUCAAGUGGCCAAUCAGAUACGACAGCAAUUGGAGGAGUACGCGGGGGUUGCCCUUCAUCCACUCUUCCAUUCGACGGGAGCACCUGCUGUUAAUGGCAUUGCGACAAAGCCAGCACGUCCAGGACUUUCUCGAGAUGGAACCUCGACGCCCGUCACACAAUUCACCAAUGGCGUAUCUACGCCCAUAGCAAAACGUGAGACACCAGUCCCGGAGUCGCAGACGCCAGGACCUAUUGCGAACGGCAUCACUGCAACAGCUACAGCUGUGCCCACCGAGGAUCUCCAUAACCCAGAUGACACAUACCGCUGCAUCAUCACGCUAAACAUCAACCUAAUGAAUCGUCUUUAUAGCGACAAGUUUGAAUGGUCUUUGCUGCACCCACCAGGCUUCGCUGAGAUGUUCGCCAAAGUAACUUGUGCAGACCUCGGAUUGGCAGGGGAAUGGGUACCAGCCAUGACGCAUUCGAUCUACGAGGCCGUGUUACGACUGAAAAAGGAGGCAUGCGAGAAUGGAGGAUUGGUAGGCGAUGGAGAAUUCGACAACGAUGCUGUUGAUCCAGUCGUUGGUGCUGGUUGGCGCUACGACCACGAGCAUUUAUGUGACGAAUGGGAGCCAAAAGUGGAGAUUUUGUCGAAAGAAGAGAUCGAGAAGCGGGAAGGCGAUCGCGAGAGGCAGAUCCGUCGACUGCGAAGAGAAACGGCGCGCUUCUCCUCGACGACCAACAUGGCUGGGACGCCACAGAACGACUUCUUCAAUAAUCCAGACCAGCAGGAAACCCUGGGGCGAGGCGAGAGAAUCAAGAGGAAGCGGAGAUUUAGGAGCCUGAGCCCUACUGGGCGAGACACACCCGAAUCGACAGGAUAUGGUGGACAAGGCAAUGGAUUACAGGAAAACGAACGGAUGACAUGGAAAUGUCGACAUUGUCACGUCUGGGGCAAUGCGGUCUGGGCUGUGAGGGACGGUCCUUCAGGACCGCGAACGUUGUGCAGCAACUGCGGAUAUCUGUACGAGAGGGACAAGAAGCUUCCCCCAUGGUCGGAGUUCCUCUUCCUGGCUGAUAGACCCACCUACGAAGUUCCUCUGCCUCCGCAGUACCGACGAUAGGCUCACUGCCCUACUUUUUCUUCUUCCACGAUUCAGUUCUUCAUUUUUUUGGUGGAGUUGUAGCAGGUCUGGGUGCAUUGUGUUGUACGCCUACUUUUCUUCUCGAGAUCGAGGAACGCGCCAUGGUACUGUGCUCCUCUUCGUCUCGAGAAAUGAGGACCUUCGGGAUAUUGGGUUUGUACGGGGACCACAUGUAUUUUUGUAGCAUUUACAGCGCUGGCGUCGGGAAUAUCGUCAUUGUCACAAGCACCAAACCCCUUCUUCCCCCCAGCCACCACGCGACUUGCGUGCGCGUCUUAGAAAGAAAAGAAAACCCAUAUCAGAAAGCGCUGGCUAUACUGCCAGCCGAGUUAAUCCAAACCAAACAAUUCAAAUGAACAUUUG